CACGAUCAGUCAGCCAGUCAGCGUUGUGCAUCCGUGUUGCAGGUCCGCGGUGGAGAGCAGACACCCUGCGGCAAAUCCACAGGAGGGUUGGUAUCAUCACUGUCGCCGGCAGCGUGCUCUCGUAAACUCUUUUGGGUUUCUUAUUGUCUCCGUUAUUUAUUUCGUUUUUCGGGGCCCUCUCCUCCCUGAGCACCAGGGAAUGGGGGAAUGAUCAGCGCAGACUCCCCUCCGCCGCCGCCUUCUCCUGCACCUCCUUACGUCGGUCUCCGUGUUCCCUGUCAGUCGUCGGAGCUCUGCCCAGGAUGCGGGCCCCGCUGCACGGCCAGGCUGCGGUGCUCGCGGCCCUGUUGGCGUUGAGCACCUGCUUGACAGGAUCUCAUCUGUGCCCUCGGAGUUUAGACUGUGCCCGGGCAGGACGACACUUCUGCGAGCAGGGCAGCUCACACUGCGGCCCCUGCCUGCGCCCCCUGGUGGAGAACUCCCAUGGCCGUUGUGUGGUCAAGAGGAGACAUACUCUUCAUUCAGCUCAAGCCACUAAAGGUAAGAUGAGCACUUAUCCUGAACUGGAUGAGGAGAUCGACAUCCUCUCUGCCAUCAUCAGUGAACAGAGAACAGAGUCCAGGCCGCCAGCUCCACCAUCCCAGGACAUCUCUACACCCAAAUCUAAGCAGCUCAGUGAGCCCAGCGGCGCCCACAGAGCAUCUACAGCAGAGCAGCCCACGAGCCAGGACGUCCCGUUCACCAGUAUGGCUCCAACCACCAUCACCCCACACCACACCCCCACUUUGCUCAAUGAUCCCAUCGUCCUCCCCUACCUCUCUAAUGACCAUGCCUUCAUCAGUAAGUAUUUUCUAGCUAUGACUUUAUUUCUUGUUGGAAUUGUACUUCUUGAGCUUAAAGAAGAAAGUGUAGUUCUGACCUGAGCUCUGGGGGUGAGGGAGAUUUAUUUGGU